ACACAAUUUUGAAUUCAAAACAGCGUAACAAUAUCAUGAAUUCAUGAUAUCGUAUAUACCUAAUACCUAAAAGAGAUUUAAAGAAAGGGACAAAGGGCUAGAAGCACGCUGAUCCUAAGUGUUGUCUAUCGAACGGCACACGAAAGAUUUAUAAAUGUUUAGGACGCAAUGACCGUCUAGCUAGCUCUUCUCUUCCGUCUUCCCUUUUGCUCAUGGUAAAAGUUGUAGACUAACUGGCCCUAGAUCACCACUAGCUAUUUCAUGAAUAAUCAAGAGCGAACAAUAAUCGAUCCGAGCCGAAUCUGAAUUCAACUAUGAUCCGCAGUUAUCCGACCCCACCUCUGCGUCUCGCCGAAGCCGGCCUGUACUUGUGGUUCUGCCGUCGUCCCUGGGCCACUCGCCGUUCAGGUGUUCCGGCGACUUGGCAAGUGUACGUCACAGUGACCGGCGCAAAGGCAAAGCUCGCUCUGACCUUGCUCCAUGUAUCUGCAGGGACGAGCUAGCGUGUGCAGUCGUCGUACGUCGCCACCCUGUGUUAAUUUGUACAUUUGCCGUGGAUGAUCAAUGCCAAAUGGGUGGUACUACUAAUAAGCUAGUAAAGCGUAUCUCGCGAGCUGUGAGCAUCCAUGCAUCUCCAACAGGGCCUGCGUAUGAUACGUACUACAUCUACUAGCUGUGUUGAUCAUGGUCUCUCAUCUAUCUAUAUGAUAUGGCUAAGCUGCAGUAGAAGCAGUAGCUAGCAUCUAUAUAUCGAUGUAUCUCUUGCAUUGCAUAGAGUGUAUACUCGCAGGCCACCCUUGGGCUUGGGCGCAGUAUAUAAGCUAGCAGCCGGCACCUGAAGCAUCUCAAGUCCACGCACCACCGAACAGACAGAGACCGCGGAGCAGAGUGGCCGCCCAUCGCCAUGCCGAAGCUGCAGAGGUUCAGAGGAGUGAGGCAGAGGCACUGGGGCUCCUGGGUCUCCGAGAUCCGACACCCACUCCUGAAGACGAGGAUCUGGCUGGGCACGUACGAGACGGCGGAGGACGCGGCGCGGGCGUACGACGAGGCGGCGCGCCUGAUCAGCGGCCCCGCGGCGCGCACCAACUUCCCCCUUACCGGCGGCGGCGGCGGGGGCACGCUCUCCCCGACGCUGCGCGCGAAGCUGGAGAAAUGCUGCUGCACGGCGCUGGCGCAGGAGGCGCAGCACGGCGCGGACGUGCCGCGGACGGGUGCGGGUCGGGGCGACGACGGCAGUAGCCGCCGCGAUCGCCGGCGGGACGGCGACGAGGAGGAUGAGGAGGCCGGCGUGAAAGUCGAGCCCGACGCCGACGCCGACGGCGAGGAGUACAUCGAGGAGAUGAUCAGGGAGCUCACCUACUACGGCCCUGUCGAGAUACAGCACCACCCGUCGGCCGCCGGCGGCGGCGGCGCCUGCUCGAGCUCGGCGAUCGGGUGACUGACGAGCUGCCUAUAGAUUGCUUAGCCGGCUGUGCAGUGCAGUCGACGUCGUUGUACAGCGUUUGUUUCGCUAGGCAUGCAGGCACAUUUAGCCUGGGGCCCGCCCGACCCGGAGGGAUGAUGGGCCCUUUCCUGUUCCUGUUCCUGGGCUGGGGAUUCGGGGUUGAGCGAGAGCCAGAGCGGGAAGGGGACCAAAGGAUCUUUCGGGAUAAGGGCUCCUGAUUUGGUUCGUUGA